AUGUCGGGUUACAAUAAUGGAGACUCGGAGGACUUUAACUUCGAUGCCUUCUUCGCAUCACAACUCUGGCAGCAGUACCCAGAGGCGGCUCCCGAGGCUACUGCACAGCACCAGUCACAGCGAAUGGGAGACCUCCAGGUCCCUCAGAUGACAGAUGCUGUUGCCCCUUCGGUAGACGCGUGGUACGCAUCACAACCCGCGGGCCACUUACAGGUCCCACAGGCAAAUAGUGCCGGAGGAUACGUCCACCCUAGCACUGUCUCGUCUCACUAUGUCCAUAUGCCUCGAGGCAUGGGACACUACAUGGGCGAAUCGCAGAUCUCGGGCUUUGGCUCCUAUCCAAAUCCCGCUCUCAUCAACACUCCUAUGGAGUAUCUUCCACCAGCACCAUUGGGCAUGGCACAGACAUAUCCGGCCCAGGGGCUUGUCCCAGCAUCCUCGUUCAACGAUGCGUAUGCUCGUGCACAAGUCGUCCAGAACCCUCUCAUCAAUUUUAGGGGUUUAGAUUGGCAGGCCGCAGCACAGCCUGUCAGUUAUGACGACUACCCUUUUGGUGUGGAGGAGGACCUAGGCCCGUUGUCUGGAUUUUUCGCUUCGGCGGCCGGCCACAGCGGACAGCAGAAUACCGGCGAAGAUUUAGAGUGGGCGCAGUCAGAAGUCACCACCCCACGUCUUACCAGCGCUGCGGUGGUUCUCGGCCCGGUACAGCACCGAGUACCUUCGGUCGCAAACCCAUCAGUGCCACAGAGUGCCGGGUUGCAGCGUAGCAAGGGCGAGAAGAGGAAGCGGGAGGAGCCCGAAGAAUCUUCACCCACAUACACCGAUCCCUUGGCCCUAACAUCUCCGUCUGAAUCGCCAGAUGGCACGCAAGGCCAACUCAAGAAGAGGAAGGUUGGCCGCAAGGCUUGCCAAGCAUGCAGAAGGAGUAAAACUGCAUGCUCAAGCGAGGAACAGUGCCCGGCGUGCGUGAAGAAGGGUAUACCAUGUCUUCGCGACGGCAGAGACGGACGAUCCAACGAGGCCGUCUUGGGGGAUCUGGAAGAGUCUGUCCGUUCAAACGGGUUGAAGUUCCAGCCACUUCUGAAGGCACUCUGCCUUCUACACUCCGGAUUCAAGCACUGCGAGCGCGGGGUACGCGCUCGUGAGGCGUCAGCAUAUGGGGUUCAGCAAUGGGUGGAUAGGCUCGGCGCGCUUUUUCCAGACAUGGGGCUCUGUUAUGACCUGCUUGUUCCAUUACCUGAGAGUGCUGGCGCGAUUUUGGAUGCUGCCAGAGAAGUGAUGGCUCAGAUUGGCGACACAUCGGACAUGGAUCGGGCGCAGAAGCCGGUCCAUCGUCCGCUGAUUGCCGCUAAGAGUCGCUUCGAAGAGCGCGCAGCCAAUUACAUCAGCGGCCUAAGCAAGGCCAUCGAUCGCGCCAGGCGCAUGGGGGACUCUGCUGAACGGGACGAGCUGGUUCGCUUGCAUGUCGGACGAGAUGCACUCGCCACGGCCAUGAGCUAUUACCAAGGUGGAGCUGAUAGCCAUGGUCCUCAUCAUCAGACCGACAUCCGGCAAGCUGUGGCGACAGAACCCGCGGCAUACCGCACUCCCGCGUCUCUCGAAACGCUGUCUCCGCCUGCCGCAACCGAAGGGCUAAGCGAUGGUGAUGGCGAGACGGUUGACGAUCUCACUGGCCUGGAGGAUGAGUUGCUGAUGGCCCUGGAGGCAGAUGAGGACGAUGCCGAUGUCGAUGUCGACGACAUUGACAGCCUCUUCGACGCUGAAGCUGUGACGACAGAACCUGUGGCGUACCGCACCCCCGAGUCUCUCGAACCGGUAUCUCCAUCUGCCGUAACCGAAAGGCUAGGCGAUGGCGAGAACGCAGGCGACGAUCUCACUGGCCUGGCGGAUGAGUUGCUGAUGGCCCUGGAGGCUGAUGAGGACGAUGCCGAUGUCGAUGUCGACGACAUUGACAGCCUCUUCGACGCCGAAGCUGUGUUUGAUGACGCAUCAAUACCCUAA